GUGAAUGACUGAGGGAGGGAGGCGAGGAAGGGUGGGUGUCACGUGAGCCAGAGCGGCGCCCUCAGUCAGUCAAGUCCGUCAGUCCGCCUCGCGCGGUUCGUCUCUCUCUCGCGCGCGCGCUGCCGCCCCCUGUCGCUGCCUCUACCUGUCGCAGCCCCGCCUCGCCUCAGGCCAGGCCGCUGCCCCGCUGCUCUCGUCCUUCUCCUCCUCGCCGUCGUCGUCGCUGGCAGCAGCUCCUUCUCCUCCGCUCUCCUUCGUUUCCUCCGUCACUUUCGCCCCCUUCGUUCCCCGGAGGGUGGCCGGAGCCCUUGAUGCGGUUCGGGGCCCGGCGGGGAAAAGAUGCCGCCGUCCAAGUCCCGUAAGAUCGCCAUCCUGGGCUACAGGAGCGUGGGGAAAUCUUCAUUGACUAUUCAGUUUGUGGAAGGCCAGUUUGUUGAUUCAUAUGAUCCUACCAUAGAGAACACAUUUACAAAGCUGAUUACAGUAAACGGUCAAGAAUAUCAUCUUCAGGUAGUCGACACAGCUGGCCAAGAUGAAUAUUCAAUAUUUCCUCAGACAUACUCCAUAGACAUUAAUGGCUACAUACUUGUUUACUCAGUCACAUCAAUAAAAAGUUUUGAAGUGAUUAAAGUUAUCCAUGGCAAGUUAUUGGAUAUGGUGGGAAAAGUCCAGAUCCCCAUUAUGUUGGUUGGAAAUAAAAAAGACUUGCACAUGGAACGGGUGAUCAGCUAUGAAGAAGGGAAAGCUUUAGCAGAAUCCUGGAAUGCAGCUUUCUUAGAAUCUUCUGCUAAAGAAAACCAGACUGCUGUUGACGUUUUCAGGAGGAUAAUUUUGGAGGCAGAGAAAAUUGAUGGGGCAUCUUCACAAGGGAAGUCUUCAUGCUCAAUGAUGUGAUUGCACAGCUGAGGCUGAGCACUGGGAAUAUGCUCUUCUUCCUAAAGAAGCAAACUGUCCCCCUCACAGCAAAACUACGCUUCCUCUUCUUCUUCUGCUAACCUGAACAAUAUACAGUCGGUUGAAGACUUUCCCUUCAGAUUAUGUUAAACACUGACUCCUGUGCAAAAAAAUGGCUUCACUUCCAUUUUCAAAUUUUAAGCAAUCAUAUUUUCAGUUUAUAUAUUGUAUUUCUUAAUAUUAUGACCAAGAAUUUUACUGGCAUUAAUUUUUCAGUGUAGUUGGGUUAGAAGAAUCAUCCAGGUAAUGCAUAUUGUUACACUACUAUUAACUAGGCUUGAAUAUCAGUGUUUCUUUGUGUUAAAUGUAUACUUGUAAAUAAAAUAGCUGCAAACCUU